AUGUUACUCAGAUCCACCGCCACCACCACAAGAAGAAUUACUUCUAAUGUAUUUAAAUCCACAUUGCUUAAUACCGAAUGUAUAACUUCAAGCAAUACUAAUACUACCACUCCCUUUAUUAAAUCAUUUACCGUUUUAACAAACCCCACAUUGUCAGGACAUAACAAAUGGUCUUCAAUUAAGCAUGAUAAAGCUAAAAACGAUGCUGAAAGAAAUAAGCUGUUUAGUAAAUUUGCUAACAAAAUAGCCUUAGCAGUUAAGUUGGGUGGUGGGAAUGCCGAUCCAAAAUUAAAUGUUCGAUUAGCUUCUGCAAUAGAGCAAGCUUGCAAGGCUAAUGUCACCAAAAGAGUUAUUGACAAUGCCAUUAAAAAAGGUUCUGGUGCAAAUGGUGGGAAUAAUGGUGAAUUAUGUAUAUAUGAAGGUAUUGGUCCAAGUGGCAUAGCUUUUGUUAUCGAGUGUUUAACCGAUAACAAAAAUAGAACAGUAGGCCUUGUGAGGGCUGCUUUCAAUAAAAUAGGUGGUAGUAUGACACCCACACUAUAUUUUUUUGACAGAAUGGGGUACAUUAGCAUAAGUCCAUUAAAAGAUAAUGAUAACUAUGAUGUUGUUUUUGAUGAUCUGUUAACUAAUAUAGAAGGGGUUGAAGAUUUACAAGAAAUAGAGCCAGAUGAACAAGAACAGUCUGAAUCGCUUCAAAAUGAUGAGGAGGCGGAAUAUAGUGACAAGAUCUUUGAAAUUAGUUGUGAUCCUUCCAUAACUAAUACUUUAGCACAAGAAAUUAAGGAAAAGUUGAAAUACAAAAUUAAGGACAUUAGUAUCGGUUUCCAACCCAAAUCAGAUAUGUUGGUAGAAAUUGGUGAGAAAGAUGAGGCUCGCAUCAAACUGGAAAAGUUUUACAGCACAUUGGAUGAAAUCGAUGAUGUUACUGAAAUUUACACAAACGUCAAAGAAGAUUGA